AGAACGCGCAUCAUCAGCAUCACCUGACAGCAGGAGGAGGAGGAGGAGGCGAGCAUCCUUCUCAUGAUUCUGCAUUAAAGCCGCACUCUAUAUCAACAAACACCGGGCCUUUACGGAUCCAACAGCAGCUCUGCGUGAACACCACACAUUAAAUCAUGGAUAAUUCCGGGAAAGAGAAGGAAGCCAUGCAGCUGAUGGCAGAGGCGGAUAAAAAAGUCAAAUCAUCGGGUUCAUUUCUCGGAGGGAUGUUCGGGGGAAAUCAUAAGGUUGAGGAUGCAUGUGAAAUGUAUGCCAGAGCUGCCAACAUGUUCAAGAUGGCCAAAAACUGGAGUGCUGCCGGCAGUGCUUUCUGCCAAGCUGCAAGACUUCACAUGCAGAUGCAGAACAAACUGGACUCGGCCACCAGCUUUGUUGAUGCUGGAAAUGCUUAUAAGAAGGCAGAUCCUCAAGAGGCUAUCAACUGUUUAAACGCAGCCAUCGAUAUUUAUACAGACAUGGGAAGGUUCACGAUUGCUGCAAAGCAUCACAUGACCAUUGCAGAGAUCUAUGAAUCCGAGCUAGUGGAUAUUGAAAAGACCAUUGCACACUAUGAGCAGGCCGCGGAUUAUUACAAAGGCGAAGAGUCAAACAGCUCUGCUAAUAAGUGCCUGCUGAAGGUGGGCUCGUACAGCGCUCAGCUCGAGCAAUACCCCAAAGCCAUCGAGAUCUAUGAGCAGGUUGCAACCAGCACAAUGGACAACCCUCUCUUGAAAUACAACGCUAAAGAGUACUUCUGGAAAGCCGCUCUGUGCCACUUCAUCGUGGAUGAAUUAAACGCAAAGCUUGCGAUUGAAAAGUAUGAAGGGAUGUUUCCUGCAUUCUCUGAUUCAAGAGAAUGUAAGCUGUUGAAAAAACUAUUGGAGGCCCAUGAGGAGCAGAACAGCGAGGCGUUCACUGAAGCCGUGAAGGAGUUUGAUUCGAUCUCCCGUCUCGACCAGUGGCAGACCACCAUGUUGCUGCGUAUCAAGAAGACCAUCCAGGGUGAUGCCGGUGACCUGAAGUGAUGUGUCCAGGACAAAUACUGUGGCAUAUCUAGUUUAAUUUCUUACCGUAUAUUGUGUGUGUGUGUGUGUGACAAUCUGUUUGAACAUUUCUGUAGUGACACUAGCUCAAAUAUCAGCCGUUUCUUGGAAAAUUCAGAGGGAACUUGCAUUGCAAUUGCAAUGCCUUGCGUUUGAGAA